UAUCUCAAAUUCUCAAUCUCAGAAGAUAAGAAUCAAUAAGAAUAUUCCCGAAGUUUGCUUAGUUUUUACGCGAACUUCUCCACGAAACCCCUUACAUGGAGCCCCCACCAUCGACUCCUCACAAUACCGAAGAGUACUCAGCCUCUUCCACAAUCAUCGCCUUCGACCCUCCGAUACCUUUGCUCCGGGGGCCUGUUCCGGCCGACCGAUCGGACAAUCCCUUGGCUGGCCCAUACGUCCUCUCAUUCAGAAACUCCAAAGCUUGGGCAAACGCUUAUAGAGCCUGCGAAUCCAAGAUUAUCGAACAGUGCGAGGCCGGAGCGAGGAUCGGAUGUACUAUCAGUGCUUCGAGCAAGUGUAAACCCCCAUGGUGGCGAGCUCUGUGUGGUUUCAGAGUGUCGGAUCUGAAGGAGAGGGAGCAGUGCGAAGAGCGAGAGAUGGAGGGCUGUUUGGUAACGGCGAAGGAGAAGUGUAUCGGUUUUGCGAGAGAUAAGUGUUUGAAGUCUUUGAGGGACGGUAGGAUCGCGGCGAGUCGUAAGGGUUUGAAUGCGAAGCAGCUUGAGAAGUUGGUUUGCUGGGCAACUAUGGUGGAUCGGAGUAUAUGGGUCGAUUUGAUUGGAAUUGAUCAGUUGGGUUCUUUGAGUUCGACGAAUUAUAGGGCAUGCGAGUUGAUUGGAUCUAAUGCUGAUAUUGAUUGUAUAUUAGGCUGUGGAAAUAGUGGGAAUGAGGCAUCCAAGUUGUGAGAUUUGAAGAGCUGAAGAGUAUGAUCUAUUCCAUUUUGGAAAAGAAAUUCAUUGAGUCUAGCCCUCAGAUUUAUGGCCGCGUUCUACAAUUGGGACUUGGUGCUGUUGAAGGUAGGUACUGCAGAGGUCCACCCCAUUUGAAUGGCGUGAAUAAUGCCAGAAUUACGGCAACAUUGGGUCCUCGUUUUCAUUGCAAGUGGCCCAAUUAGUCUACGCCGAUGGUUGGUGUCAGCCGCCACUGGCACUUCACAGGAAAUUUCUAUGUUCAUGCUACUUUCUUUACGGAAAGCGGAUUUCUUUUACGAACAAGGUUAAUUGUCCUUUUUAUUAUUAUUAUUAUUUUUUGGCCGGCAAAAUAGAAAACUAAAUUGUUUGCACAAUGAAGUUUACUAGUAGUGCUAAAGGUACAGUAAGUCUACCAAAAUGUUUACGAAAUAAUAAUAUUUACUUAUUUUAUUGAUCUA